UCCGGUAGUUGACUUUAAACCGUUCCUCCGGUACCAACGGCGCCCCUUUCCCUUUUCACUUUCGCGAGAGGGAACGAAACCCUUUCAGAUCUAAGCAGAAGCAGCGAGAGAGAGAGCUUCCAAAAGCCGAGAUCGGAUCCGGCUGCGACCAACUGUCCCAAGUCCGAUAUCAUCGCGUCCGCCGAUUUCUCGAUCGUAGAAGGUAAAGAAUAAAGAGAAGAUAGGGGCAGUCUUAGAUAUCGGUCUCGAUUUCCGAGGUCCAAACCCUAGUAGUGCCGGCGAUGGCUUGCCUAGCCCUAUCGCUCCAACCCAUGAACGGCGCCGACAUCCUCCUCCAGACGCGCGAGUGGUUCCCCCCGGCCCGCGCCCUCGCCGCACUUGCCGCCUUCCGGCAGACCCGCCUCACCUUCGCCGCCGGUUUCCCCCACAAGCAGCAGCCGUCCGCCACCGCGCCCCACCCCGCCCCCGAUGACCUGGACUCGGCCCUCGGCGACGACCCCCUCGCCGCCUCCAGCGGCCAGGUCGUCGUCGGCGUCGAGAGCAAGUACCGCGUUGUAUACCGCCUCGUUAACACCAUCUACAUCCUCGGCAUCACCACCAUCGACCGCACUUCCGAACGCGGCCGCACCAACAACAUCUUCGAGUGCAUCAACACCGUCAACCAGGCCGUCAGCGUCGUCGUCGCCGCUUGCCGCGGCGUCGACGUUACGCCGGAGAAGGUCCACCGCAAGUACCCCGAGAUCUACAUGGCCCUCGACAUCGUCCUUCGCGGCGUCGGCAGCGUCCGCCUCGCCACCAUCCUCUCGUCCAUCCACGGUGACAGCAUCGCCAAGAUGGUCCACACUUCCAUCGACGCCGAGAACCGCGUGCGCGGCGCAGACACCUGGUCUGGUGGCGCCGAGGCCCUCUCCCUCGACCGCCGCGCCAACCUCGACUCCUUCUCCAAGGCUUUCUUCGAGCUCCCGCCGGAGACCCUCGCCGCUGGGGACGAGGUUGCCGUGACCAUCGCCCCCGUCACUGCUUCCCUCCCCGCCGAUGAGCAGCAGAAGGACCAGGCCGAGGAGGUCCCUGAGGAGAAGGAUCCGUUCGCCGCCAGUGAGAAGAUCAACAAGCCGGAGGAGGCCCUAGUGGGAGGGUUCAAGAAGAGCAAGGAUCCGGCCUCCGCUGCGGCAGAUCCCACGUUGGCCCUCGCCGGGAUUGAGGUCCCGACACUUCCUCCGGCCGAAGCCACGAAGCCCACCUUCAUUGGAGUUGAAGGGUUCGAAGGGGAGUAUGGUGGAAUUGAGUUCGGCAAUGAGGAAACCUCGCUGUCGGAGGCAUUCGAAGGUAUCGGUGGGGAUGCACCAUUUGGAGGUGGCCUCGAUGCCUCUGAGUUCGUAACAACCACCAAGAAAGCCCCCAAGCCCCAGGGUUUGAGUGGUCUUGAGUUGCUCGCCACCAGCGAGAGCGCCACAGCAGGGCCUACUUCUACUGCUGCAGCUGGAGCAGGCACACCUCUGGAGAACCUCUUGGUAACAAAGACUCAGGAGAUGACAGGCCCGGAGAUGUACAUCCAUGAAGAGAUCAAUGCUGAGUUCAGGGAAUCGUUGCUUGCCCGCGUUGGCUUGAAAGGCACGAUCUUUUUGCGAACAUUGCCUCCGAAGAAGGCUGCCGGGAAGGAAACAGAGUUCUCUUUCCGUCUUGAGGGAACCUCCGGCAUCAAGAGGGCUGUGUUGCAGAGUUCUCGUGUCAGUAGCCUAGAGAAUGGGAUGUUUCAUGUUAGGACUCCAUCAAUGGAAGAGCCCAUUCCAAUACUCAAGUAUAGUUUACAGCCCCGGUUCACUCCUCUGCCCCUGAGGGUCCGUCUAUUGAAGCGGCACAGUGGGACCUUGCUUGCGGUAAUGAUACAGUAUGCCUCCAACCCGGCAUUACCUAUGCCAUUGAGCAAUGUGACAUUCAUUGUGAAGCUACCUGUCAACCCUACACUGCUUAAUGUAUCACCAAAGGCAGUUCUGAAUCGAGGUGAAAGGGAGCUGAGGUGGCAUGUGCCUGAUGUUCCUCUGAAUGGUCUGCCAGGCAAACUUAGGGCACGAAUGCCUGUCGAUCAAGACUCAGCAGAUGGCGAGCUUGAAGUUGUAGGUAUGGUGAAAUUUUCUGCUCAAGGAUCUACCACAUUGUCUGGUGUAUCCUUGCGGCCAGUAUCUGAAGGUAUUGCAGACUUCAAUGAGGUUAGCCACAGUUUUGAGAGUGGGAGUUAUUUGUGCACUUGAUUGACGUGGGUGGGAAAUGAAAAGUUACCACAUAUCAUUCUAUGUGCAAUAGAGCGUCCAUAGUGGCUGAUACUACGAGGAUGUUCAAUUCUUUCACAAAUGGUUUUUGAAGCUUUUAGAGAGUGGUUGUGGUAGUGUAUGUAAUAAUCUUGGAACUGGUGCUGAUGAUUUGAAUCUUUUUUUCUUUUUCUUUUUUUUUUUUGUUAAGCUUCUGGUUCUUUCUUUCUGGUAUUGUUCUUUUAGUUGGAAUGUGAAAUUGAUCAUUCUCUUCCUGUGAGCAGUUGAAUA